UGGCAUCGCAUCGCACCUCCAAAAACAAAAUUCACAUCGAUCCGUUAAAUCUGAAAAUCACCUGAUUGAUCGGACGGUCACCGUCUUCCGAUGGAAUCAACGGCCGCCGGAAUCUCGGCGCUGGCGGAGGAAGCCAAGGAGCUGCAGGAGACCGCGGCGUCCCUCAUCUCCCGCACCACCCGCGAGGAGGACGCCCUGCGCCAGCGCGUCGCCGCAAUCGACGCCCGCAUCAACUCUGUCUGUUCGCCCCUCCGCGGCUCCAAGGAUUUCGAUAAAGUGGAAGAGGAGCUGAAGAGAGUGAGGUAUAUAUUGAGUGAGGGAGAUGCAGCGGCAUUUCUUCCUAGCAAAUCUCAUGGUAUGUUUUUGAGGAUGUUUUUGGGGCCUAUUAAUGUGAGAGCUAAUCGGAAGGAUGUACAAUUGAAAGUGAAAGAGGAAUACAAUAAUUUCAGGGAUAGAACAGCAUUUUUGUUCCUUUGUUUGCCGUCACUAUUGCUUAUUUUAAGGUCAUAUAUUUGGGGUGGAUGCUUACCCGCAUUACCAGUUCAACUUUACCAGGCAUGGUUGCUAUAUCUCUACACUGGUUUGGCUUUGAGAGAGAACAUCUUGAGAGUUAAUGGAAGUAAUAUACGUCCUUGGUGGAUUAAACACCAUUAUUUUGCCAUGGCUAUGGCUCUGAUUAGUUUAACUUGGGAAAUAGACCAAGGGCCUGACUGUGCUCAGAAUCAGAUAGGUGUACAACUAUUUCUGAAAUGGGCAAUCAUGCAAGGAGUUGCUAUGAUUCUUCAGAAUAUAUACCAAAGGCAAAGACUUUAUACACGUAUUGCGCUUGGCAAGGCUAGGAGGAUGGAUGUUGUUUGGGGAGAAACUGCUGGAGUUGAGGGUCAGCUACUACUGCUAUGCCCGAUACUUUUUGUUUUGCAGGGAUUCGAAGCUUAUGUUGGGUUCUUGUUACUUAAUACUACUAUGAAUGGAUCCAAGUUGGAUUGGCAGGUAAUUACAUGUGGGGUUCUUCUCAUAGUCAUGGCUGUCGGAAAUUUCGUUAACACAGUGCAGACCCUAGUAACGAAAUCGAGGGUUAAGGCAAAAAUCAAGAGAGGUAAAAGCAGGCAAGAGCUGCAUCAACUGAAUCAUGGAUCAGAUGACAAGAGUUCGUAAACAGCCUGCAGAUAUCAAGUUUGAUUAUUUGUGCAGUUUCUUUUCUCACAAGUUUUUGGCUUUUUCUACUUUUUUUUUAUGAUAGUAAACUUGAAUACUAGGAAUUAGAAAUCUCUAUGUGUCUUAUAUUAUAGGAUUUCUACACACUGUUUUGGUUUCAUAUAGAGAGCUUUAACUAUGAUGCUUCGUGCC